AUGGCCGCUGCCGGCAGGGCCUGGCGGGCCGCCGCGCUGCUGCCGCCCUGGCGGCCGGGCCCGCGCCGAGCCUACGGCGCCGCGGCAGCAGGAGGAGGUGGCGGCAGCGGCAGCGGCGGGGGCCGCCUGCUGCUGGGCGCUGCCUUCGCGCUGGGCGGCGGCGCCGGCCUCUACCUGGCGGCGCGGCACCGCCUGCGGGAGCACUCGGCCGCUGAGCUGCCUGCAGGGAGCCUGCAGCUCACUCUCUACCAGUAUAAAACGUGUCCUUUCUGCAGCAAAGUCCGAGCUUUUCUUGAUUAUCAUGGACUGCCCUAUGAAAUUGUAGAAGUGAACCCGAUAAUGAGGAAAGAGAUCAAAUUCUCUUCCUACAGAAAGGUGCCUAUCCUGCUAGCCAAUGCUGGAAGCCCUCUGCAAUUGAAUGACUCUUCGGUGAUCAUCAGUGCAAUAAAGACCUAUCUCAUUUCCAAGAGGAAUAGCUUAGAAGAGAUCGUGUCCUUUUAUCCUCCUAUGAAAACUGUGACCGAGCAAGGCAAGGAGGUAUUUGAGUAUGGGAAUAAAUACUGGCUCAUGCUGGAUGAGAAGGAGACAAAGCGAGUCUAUCCUGUCAAAGAAGUGAGAGUGGAAGAAAUGAAAUGGAGAAAAUGGGCAGACGAUUGGCUUGUUCACCUCAUCUCCCCCAAUGUUUACCGUACCCCGAGAGAAGCCUUGGCAUCUUUUGAUUACAUUGUCCGUGAGGGGAAGUUUGGCACCGUGGAAGGUUUCUUUGCCAAGUACAUGGGGGCUGUUGCCAUGUUCUUCAUUAGCAAGAGGCUGAAGAAAAGACAUCACCUUCAAGAUAAUGUCCGAGAAGACUUGUAUGAAGCAGUUAAUGAAUGGGUAAAAGCUGUUGGCAAGCAUCGACUGUUCAUGGGUGGAAACCAGCCGAACCUUGCUGACUUGGCAGUGUAUGGGGUCCUCCGAGUCAUGGAAGGGCUGGAAGCCUUUGACGACAUGAUGGUUCACACCAAGAUUCAGCCUUGGUACAAGCGCAUGGAAGAAGUCAUUCAAAAAGCUGAAGUUGCAGUCUGAUGCCAGUUGCAGCUGCCUUCCUGAAGUACUUGCAUGGUAAAAAAACUUCAGAAGGAAUGGCAUUUAUUUUCUAAGAGUUGAAUGGACUGGUCACAUCUAAUGGACUGACAUGCAGGCACAGAGACUGUCCCGUAUAGAAUAUCAAGUUGCGGUGAGCAGAAGGGAUCCAGCUGGGUGUAUGUUUGAACAUAGUAUUUAGAAGGACGGGGACAGGUAAAAGGAGGGGAUCUUGGACGCUGCUGGAAAGGAGAAGCUCUGAACUGAAGAAUGCAGCAAAUAGGCUUCUUCCAGGCGAGAGCCAUUCUUGGAGCAGGUUACUGUAAAAGCAAGGUGCUCCUGGCUAGUGUGUGUUACAGCCAUAUCGGAUAUGGUGGGUCUGAGCAGCUUUUGCUUCAGGCUGUCUUCCGCUACUCAUCCAUGUCAUCUGAAGUGUUUUCCUGACUGAGACCUUGGAUACUAGUCUUUAAAUGACAAUUUUUCCUGCAAUAGAAUCCUGUAAGCCCAGUGCUGAGGGAACUGGAGGAAUCCACGGUACUGGGAAAGGCAUCCUUCCUAUGACAGAAACGAUGCUGCACUCGGCAGAUUGUAUGCUUUUACUCUUCCAUGUAAACGGUUCUUUCAGUACACAAUUCUGUACGGUCUGCAAGGAUAAAGGCUUGCUUCUUUCUGUG